GGAUUUGUUUAUUGGUGGCACCUCGGCAACAGCUGUCGGCUAGGCACUACGCGCAUACACGUACAGCCUCCUUUCUCACCAACGCAACGUUUAUUACAUCAUAUUUCUGUCUCACACGGUGUCAUAUUUCCCCGGUCGCCAUGGAGCCGGCCUGCCGUAAAGACAAACCCAAGCUGAACUCCACCCCGACCAGAGGAGACCGAGCCAGGCACAAGUCUGCACAGCAGGAGCACAAACAGCGACAGAGAGCAGAGAUUUAUGCCUUGAACAAGGUGAUGACCGAGUUGGAACAGCAGCAGUUUGAGGCCUUCUGUAAGCAGAUGCAGGCACAAGGAGAAUGAUGAGACGUCCUGCUCCACCUGCACCAGGACCCUGCAAAAGCAGCGUGUACGCACACAAUGACCUUCACACAGUCGGAAACAAUUCUAGUUUCCACGGACGUUAAAUAAGACAAUCAGUGUUGUUUGGUUUAGUGGCGGUUUACCGUCUGAAACUUCGGACUCCAGCGAGCGGCCGGAACCAGUUGAGCUGAACCCAGAACUCUACAGAUGAAUAAAGUAUUGACUUAACGAGUGUAUGUUACAAAGACAUGGCUGAUGGUUCAUGUAAUCGGGUUGUUUGAGGACCUGCGCAUAAAAAAGGACUUAACUGUAAAUGCAGUAUCUCUUAAAUCUAUUUGGCUCGUCAGCAUUCAGUGCCUGUAUUUCAACCUAUUCAACAAAGGUCCAAAUUUAAACGUAGGAACCACAAUGUUGGCGAAAAUGCUCAGUAUGAAUUAAACACUAUGAACCUCACGCCACAGAAAUAUGACCAUGUAAUCUAGGAUGUAUGUUCUAUCCAUGAUACCAUUCAAGCAGAGAUUACACGGGAAGUAAACAUUUAAGUGUUAUAUUUGUUUACAAUUUGAAUGUGACGUCAAAGAAAAAAGCGAAAGGAGUGGUUACUGUGUAACAAAGUGAUGUGCGGACAGGAUUCAUAGCCUGGCAUGCAGGAUACUUUGGGUACGCUCUUUGGUAUGAAUAAAACGUGUCCGGCUCUUUGAGAA